CUGCGUCACUCAUCUUCAUCUACCCAAAAGUUUCGCGCAUCUCAUUGACAAGUCGACAGACGCAUCGUAGCUCGGAGAGCUGACCCUACCAUACCAAUAUACGUACAUCUCAUUCUUUCUAACUCCAUCUAUUUCAUAUCCUCCAAAGACCUACCUCCUGCCGUUUCCUCCGCCAGCUCUCGCCAUGUUCAAGAAAAAGCCAAACAUCAAACCCCUCUCACCUCUCAAAUCCUCGGAUCGCCGCCGUACCGCCGACCAAAUCAUUGCUGAUUUUGGCCUGCAAGUUCCCGUAGACUCUUCAGCAGAGGCGGAAGACAAAGCUGCAUCGGCUGCGCCUCUCACAGCCCUAAGGAAAUCAUUACUGCCGGAAAACUCUCAGUCGGCUCGGUUUACAACGACAGCAGGCCCGGAUCUGAAGCAGGUUUCUGGCACCAUAUAUGCCGGAAGCCAUGAAGGAACAGGCGACGAACAGCGCAUAUUAUGGGUCAAGGUGGAGGACAAGAUGUACCCUACAGUAUACACACUCUGGCACAAUCCCGGUAUUGUCCCUCUCCUUCAUACCCCUCAAUUCGUAGUCGAAAAGCUGCAGGGUGGUGCAGACCUCAUGACUCCCGGUCUACAGCGAGGCCCGCCGUUUCCCGCAAAAGCCACAAAAGGGGCAGUUGUUGCCAUUGCAAGUCUGGAAGCUCCGACGGUGCCAAUGGCUGUGGGUACGUGCGAGAUUGAUGUUGCUUCUCUACAAGAGGUGCGAGGAGCCAAGGGCCAUGCAGUCCAGACUUUCCACUGGUCAGGAGAUGAACUCUGGGCUUGGGGUCCAUCAGGAAAGCCCGGACUGGAGCCACCAGAUCACUUGGAAGGGUGGGCCGACGACAAAGCAGGCGAUGCGGAUCUUGCUGCUCCGAUGGACAGGCUGGACCUGGAAGGCGGUCACGAUGGCGGUGUAGCGUUGGAUUCCGUCCCUACGGAUAGACCGGAUGGAGAAGAGGUGGCAGCUGAGGCUUCACGUAGCAAGAAUGAUUUGGUCGAGGAGGUAGAAGAGCCGGAACUGACAACCAAAGAGAUAGACGAAGCGUUCACAAACGCGUUCCUCUAUGGAGUCAAGCACCAUAUGGAUCAUAAUAAAGACCACCCUACUUACGGACUCGACUUCCCCUUGACACAGUCACAGGUCAUGUCGCUGCUCGUGCAGCCUUUCCUACCCACCUACACUCCCGCGCGGACCGCCUCCCUCCAACUCAAGAAGACAAGUUGGAAAAACGCGAAAAAAUUCAUCAAGCACCUGGACAAGGAGAAGAUAAUAAAAUCAAAAGAGCGCGGCGGCAGCGAGGUUGUCAUCUUGGACAUCGACUUCAACGACGAACAUAUCAAGUCCUUUGUGCCAUACCGGUUACCCAAGAAAGAAUCCGCUACAACCACGGGCGUGAAGUCAGAUUCAGCUUCGUCUGCCGCCGGGGAAGAUAUCGGCCAAAAACUCCAAAUCGUCUCGCUAUGGCGACCGAAAGAAAAGCUCGCCUUCGUCUUCAACGCCUCCAACGCCGAUCCCCGCGGCUACUAUACCCUAAAAGAGCUCCGGCAACUCCUUUCCGCGUAUGCGGAGAAGGAAAACCUGGUCUCCCCGAAGAACAAGCGCAUGAUCAAAAUCAACCCCCAGCUCGCCGACGCCCUCCUCACCUCGUCCGCCGCCGACGACAGAGCCCUCGCGGCGGGCGAAAUCCCCAUAGACGCCCUGGCCGAACGCAUGCAGGCCGCCUCCUCCCCCUUCCACGCCAUCCUGCGUAACGAGGCUACCAUCGCGGACGCGAAACCGAAAGCUGGCUUGCCGCCGAAAAUCCACAUUGUGCUCGAGACGCGCAGCGGGAACAAGACGGUGACGAAAGUCAGCGGCUUGGAAGCCUUCUACGUGUCGCCGCAGCCGCUGGCGGAUGAGUUGAGGAAGACGUGCGCGGGGAGCACCAGCGUCGAGCGGUUGCAGGGCAGUAGUCCCAAGAAUCCGGUCAUGGAGGUCAUGGUUCAGGGGCCGCAGAAGGAUGCCGUCGUCCGGGCUUUGGGGAAGAGGGGGGUCGAGCCGAGGUGGAUAGAGGUGGUGGAUAAGACGAAGGGGAAGAAGAAGGGGUAGAUAUCUCGAUGGCUGUUGAGACACAUGUACGGUAGAUGCUUCUGUAGCCAGAAACCAGGAAAGGGAAAUACGGCACAAAGGCAAAACAAGGUUUUCACGAGAUUGCUGCACAAUAUGGAUGUAGCAGAUGGAAUGGAAGAAUGAAUGAAAGAAUAAAUACUGCAUUGAUGGGACGAGCAAGUACUGCACAAGAC